AUGGGGAACUGGGCGGAAGCAGAUCCCCCUGGACAGCUUCUUAACAGCUCCAUAGACUUGAAGAGUGGAGAAGAACCAGGUCAUCCAGCUAAUUCCAGCUCCAGGAAACCUGCAGUAUGGGAUCGUCCAGUUGCCCUCAGAGCCAUAACCGUGGUUACAAUGGUCGUCAUCGUCGCUCUAUUAGUAGCUUUGAUAGUGGUAACAUCUAAGCAGCCUCCUCCAUGCCCCCCUGCUGCCUCCUGGUGCCCGGACGGCUGGAUCCGGAUCCAAAGGAAAUGUUACUAUUUUUCUAAGGCUGAGGAGAACUGGACCUACAGCCAGAACUUCUGCUUGUCACAUGCUGCCUCCCUGGCCGGGAUUGAGAGUCCGCAGGAGCUGGGUUCCCUGCUGCCAUACGAAGGCAAACUGGACCACUGGAUCGGCCUCCGGAAGGACACGGGCCAGGUCUGGAAAUGGACCGACGGGACCGAGUUUGACCAUUGGUUUGAAAUACGUGGAGGAGCAGAUUGUGCACAGCUGGAUGAAGAUUUCACUGUUGUCACAUCAAGCUGCAGCACACCAAGAAAAUGGAUCUGCAGUAAAUCUGAUACCCCUGGGAAGGGAGAGGAGGGAGCUGUGGGAGGGGAUUCGUGAACUCAAGGGAAUUAGUGACCAGCUGUGACAAAGCCUGGUUCUAGUCCCCUCCAUGGUCCCUCCAUGC